AUGGAGAUAGAAGAUUUACACAUAAACGUGGUUAAGUUAAUAUCGUUGAUCAAACAAAAGCCUCUGCUAUGGGAUAAGAGUACGGAGCUAUAUAAGCACCGCAAUUCGACGCGCGCGGCGUGGAGGACGAUAAUGGUCGCACUGAUACCCGGCUUUGAAAACAUGGAUGAAAAUACUCGACGCUUGUUCGGAAAAUUAGUUCACCAAAAGUGGACGCACGUACGUGACAACUACCAUCGAUCUAUAAAAAAACAGGAGCAACAGAAGGUUAUGGGAGGUAAAAGAGUUAAACGUUACGUGUACAGUAAUCAAUUGAAAUUUUUAGACAAGGUAUUAAAGCCGAAUGAAACGAAGAGCACAGAAGGAAGUUGUAGCGAUGAAGACACUGAAAUUAAUUUGAACAAGUCAGAUAUUAUUAGCUUACCUUCGAUUGGAAAGGGAUCUAUAAUACAAUCAUCUUCUGGUUUGUCGAAAAGUGAUCCAGCCCCUGCAGAAGCUAAAGUAAGAUUUAUGGAUGAUAACAGCUAUCAAUAUAACCCUAACAAUCGACAUAUUUCGUUCUUCUACGGCAUAUUACCAACAUUGCACACUCUAGACGACGAUGAAGUUUUAGAAUUCCAAGUGGGAGUCCUUCAGCUAUUAAGAACUAUUAAAAAAAAUCGCAGCAAAGUGUCAGACAUGUUCAACAUGGGCAGCUGUCAGUCCAACAGUGACUCUAGAUCAAUCUUCGUUAAGAGCCCUGACUGUGAUUCAGUGUAUUCUGAUGUAAUAGAAUGCAAAGAUAUAUUA